CAAUCAGAGCUGCGAGUUUUAUGUUUCAGCUCCUCCUUCACAUUCCAGGCCUGCCCAGGCUCCUCUCCAAAGAUUCCGAAAAUGGAGCCUCUCACAACUACUCAUCCUCUGAAAUACUCAGUGCCCAAAGCCAGAGUCUUUGUUGUCUUUCUGUCAAUGGUUUUGUGUACCGCCAUUCUCUGCCUGCUGCAAUUCAGAUUUUUUAACCCUAAAACCAAGGAUUUUUAUUCUUUCGAAGUCAAGGAUUCACGAGGAAGGAUAAUUUCCUUGGAGAAGUACAGAGGGAAAGUAACUUUGGUUGUAAACGUGGCCAGUUACUGCCAGCACACAGACAAAAAUUACAUCGCACUGCAAGAGCUACAGAGAGAGUUUGGCCCCUCCCACUUCACUGUGCUGGCUUUUCCCUGCAACCAGUUCGGAGAAUCAGAGCCUAGUUCAAGCCAGGAAAUAGAGUCUUUUGCCAAAGGAAACUACGGAGUAACUUUCCCCAUUUUCCACAAAAUCAAGAUCCUAGGAUCAGAAGCAGAGCCCGCCUUUAGAUUUCUAAUAGAUUCCUCAAAGAAAGAGCCUCGAUGGAAUUUCUGGAAAUACCUUGUCAGCCCUGAAGGUAAAGUUGUGAAAUUCUGGAGACCUGAAGAGCCUAUACAAAAUAUCAAGCCAGAAGUAGCAUCAUUAAUUAGACAGAUUAUCGUGAAAAAAAGAGAAGACCUAUGAAAAAGCCAUUUAUGCGGUAAAUCCAUUCAACAACAUGGGUACACAGCCUUACUACAUUCCUGGAAAAUGCUGCUAGAUUCUAAACCAUCAGGUGAUUUUACUUCGCUUUGAUGUUAGUAUUUUCAGCUAUACUAUGUCUAUUAAUGUUGGACUGGUUCUUGUAACGUCCUUGAGAACCAUGGGAGGCUACUGAGAAUAGCAAGACACUCAGUACCUUGCAGAGAUGGACCUUGAAAUUGCAUAAACUUUUGAAUGUUUCUUUACAUUACUGACAGUAGCAAUUAAAGUCAUCAAGAGCAGGGGGAUAGCUAAAAAGAAGAGGAGUUGUUGAUAAAUUACUCAGUAUUUGCACAGAAGAGUUUUGUUUCAUCUACCAGGAACAAACAGAUUUUGAUACUCCAUUAGCACAUAAAUGCCCUGACUGAAACACAUGGGGACAGAUGCAUCACAGCAGGGUUUUUAGAAACAAAUGCAACUGAAGAUCCUAGCUUUGCACUAUCUUCUCAGGGCAGAUGAGUGAAUUGUAAAGCUGUCAACUUAGUUGCAAAAAACUGUACAUAGAAAAUAAAAUUAUGAAAAGAAAAAGGAAA